GUGGGUCGGGGCGUCUCGCACGUGUUGGGUGGUGAGGUUAUGGAAUUAAGGCAGACAGACACUAGAAGGACCACCAGAGGCAAGGUCUGGGUCGUGUCGGUCAAGUACUGCUUUUAUUUGCUGGCUUGAUUUCUUAGUCCAGAGCGCCAACCUUGCUAAACUUUGCAAGAGGAUAGAAUAUGUUCUACCAGUCAUUUGUAACGCGUUCCAAAGUGCUAGUACAAAACGUUAGCACAAAUCUGAAUACUGAAAUUAAGUGACACUCUAGAAGGCCGUCAUUAUGUGAUAACUGUUGGGAUGGCAAUCUGGGUUUUCAGCCCGAUUGUACAGUUACUAGAACUAGGCCGGAUGUUAGAUAAGAUCCUCGGUCCCCAAGUAGUUACUCGGGAUUUCAACUAAGAAUGGGGGCAAGAGUCCCGAGAUGUGUAAGAACCCAUCUUCCUCGUUGCAUAAGACAGGAGGCGCAAACCGCGAAAAAAAAAAAAAGAAAAUGUGGGCUGAGGUAUUGUUGCAAAAACCGUAAUCAAACAAACUUCCACAAAGUAGUACAGAGGAGUAAAAUGAUGCAAAAAUGAGAAAGUUAACUUGUCUUUAGCUGGCACUUCAGAUCUCCAAGUACAAGUGAAAACCAAUUAACAGCAAAAGACCACAAACAGGUGAAACUACUUUUUACAUAAUUUAGUGGUUAGUGUGAAAUGGAACAUUUUGAUUGGUUAACAAGACAUUUGUUCUAAGGGCCACUGAGGGAGCGCAAGCAGAACCUUAUUUACAUGGACUCCGCCCCUCUAUGACGACACUGUUGGAUAUUAACCAAUAAAAACGUAAUACUGUGCUAGUCUUCAUUUGCAUACAGGCUCUAUAAGUAGCGCGUAACCAGCCUGCUUCGGUGUAGUCGGGAUCACUUCUACUGGCGUGUGGGGAUUCUCCUGUGUGAAGAUGCCGGAUCCAGCGAAAUCUGCUCCUGCUCCUAAGAAAGGUUCUAAAAAGGCUGUCACGAAAGUGCAGAAGAAAGACGGUAAGAAGCGCAAGCGCAGCCGGAAGGAGAGCUAUUCUGUUUAUGUAUAUAAAGUGCUGAAGCAGGUUCAUCCAGACACCGGCAUUUCUUCGAAGGCCAUGGGCAUUAUGAACUCCUUCGUGAACGACAUCUUCGAGCGCAUCGCGGGCGAAGCGUCGCGCCUGGCGCAUUACAACAAGCGCUCGACUAUCACGUCCCGGGAGAUCCAGACGGCUGUGCGCCUGCUGCUGCCCGGCGAGUUAGCCAAGCACGCCGUGUCGGAAGGCACCAAGGCGGUCACCAAGUACACCAGUUCGAAGUAAGCGUGCACGAGACGAACUAGAACAUCUAUUUUACCCCAAAGGCUCUUUUCAGAGCCACUUAAAUUAUCGGGGAAAGUGGCUGUAAACACUUGAUAAAAGGUGGGUUUAAUUGUUGGUUGGGUAGGGUGGGCCCAUGAUCACGAGUGCUUUUAGACUUGGGGCUAGAUUGGGACAGUGAUUGAAUGGUUGCCCUGUUAAAAUCUAGGACCUCCCAUGGUCCAGUGGUGCCACCUAGUGGUAUGUGUCAUGUCGCUGGUAACAAGUGAUUGGUCCUUAAGGUGGUUCCUACCUAGUCUGAGUCUUCAAUGGGAGCUUAGGUACGGAGGAGCGGGGAAGGGCUGUCUCUUAUUAAACUAGUAA